UGACUUCACCAGACAGCAAGUUCCAGAAGCAGAUCAAUUACCAUGGUAACAGACUCCAUAGGAAAUGAAAUGGACAUUUUGAUUCUGUAUGACAGAGUGGAGGUCCAGAAGCAGUUUCAACCAUCCAUUCAGACAGCUGAGAAACAGGAUUAAAGAGUUAGAGAAGUCCGAGAGGAGUCUGUCGAGACAGCUUUAUCUGCUAGCCCCUGCAUCCCAGCUCCCCAGCAUGCAGCACUCCCAGAGGCUGGACCACAGACUCCACAUGCUCAGGGAGGAGGUCAGGACCAUGACUCGGGAGAAGGAGCGAGGGGAACGAGUUUGGAGGGAGCGACUGCAGCGCUGUCAGAGGCAGCUGAAGGACAAAGAGGAGGAGAUGAGUCGCCAGUCCCAGUACUUUGAGAACUUUAAAAGCCAACUACAACACAAGCUCAGCCUGGGUCGAGACAGAGAGCAAAGCCUACAGAAUCGCAUCUACACUUUAGAAAAGCAGCUACUUGACUUUACUGUGAGUGCUGCCACUGGGGUGGCAAUGAUCAGCACAGUCAGAAUCACUGCUGGGACUGGGGCGCACUUAGAAGAACAAAACAGGCUGCCUUCCAUGAGAGGAGAAGGUGAAGGAGAAGAGGAGAGAAAGGAAGAGAGGAGGAAGCAAUGGCAGCUAAAAAUGGAAACUGACAGAGAGGAAAGGCGAGAGGGUGAUGAAGGAAAGACAGAUAUAGAUGGACUAAGAAACACAGACACAAAACAAGCCUCAAACGAGGUCAGGCUGCAAGGCUUCAUUAUCAGCCUGCAGGAGGAUCUUAGGGUGUUGCUGGAGCGGGAGGAGGAUGGGAUGACUGAGCGGAGGGCACUGAUGGAGCAAAUCCAGGAGGCCCAAGAGAACAGCCACCUCCUGGGCUGUGAAUUGGAAGAGAUGAAGACUGAACUGCAUCAGAUGAAACUGUCUGAGAGCUCCCUUUUGGAGGAGGUUGAAGAGCUUAAAGAGGAGAAUGAGAAACUCCAGCAGAUCCUCAGUUAUGCAGCUAACCAAACACCACCUCAGCCAUCAACAAACCCUGAGUCCACAUGCACUAGUCCUGGGACAAGCUCACCUCGAUGGAGUCCAGCUGUUUGUCCUGCAUCCUCAAACUCUCUGUCUACCACUGCCAUAGAACAUUCCUUGCCAAAUAAAUCAGGACAGGUCCAGCCAGCUGUUGAUGAGGGCCGAGUUCAGGCUCCUUUAGUGGCAGUUUCACCGGUGGACCACCAGGGCGCAACAGAACACCUACAAAACAGUACAGAUGAUUGCUACUCAUCUGCCAAAACAAGAACUCCACCAACACAUCCACAUGAUUCUGUGAACCAGUUUUAUCACUUUGGCUCUAAAUCCAAAACAAAUUUCCAGUCACUUUCCUUCACUACGGAGUCCUUUAGUGAGUUUAAACUGGGGAACCUUGAAGAAACUCCCAGUGAGGAAUCUGAUGCUUUAAGGGAAGCCUUCAGAAGUUUGGGAUUAGGGGAAGAUCUUGAGGCUCUUAAAGCGCAACGUGAGCACCUAGAAGUCACCCUGCAACACACACAGGAACAGCUGAAGGUGAUGGCUCAGGAGAAUGCUCGACUGAAAUCACAGCUCAGGAAACGGGUAGAGGAACAGCAGACAAAAGCAGAGCAGCAGUCAUCAGGAGAGCAGAUUACAAUCCCAUCCAUCUAUGAUGGAGAUGACCAUCUCUCAUCAUCGCCGAUCCAAGAUGACAUGAUUCUUGGCACUGCUCAGGAUGAUCUUGUCCAAGCCCUGAAUCAUGAAAACCGUGCCUUGGCAGAUCGGAUCCAAGAGCUACUGGCUCACAUUGAGCACAGAGAGGAAGAAAUCAAGAAAGAGGAAAAGCAUCUUAGGGAACGAAUUUCCAGGCUGGAGAAGGAGGGAGUCAGGCUGGAGCAGGAGAACCAAGAACAAGGGUGUUUAAUCUCAGAACUCACCAGGAAGACUGAGGAUGAUCUAAAUACCAUUAUGGACCUUCAGCAAAAGUUAAUAGCAAUUGGAGAAGUUACAGAGGAAUCAAAGGGUUGUACACUACAGUAUAGGGCUCAGUGGCAAAUUGAACACACCGCUGGGAAAUCAGAACGCUUUCUAAACAACAACCUAGAGGAAUGUGUGGACAGUUUAGUUGCUAAUGUGGUACAAGAUGACAAAACACAGGUCAGUCAAGAAACUGGCAGUUUGACCACAGUUUCAUCAUCUGGUUGUCAACAUAAUAACCAGAAUGACUCUUCACAAAACAUCUCACAGAACAGUCUGCAUGUCACUUCACAGGCAAACCAAGUUCAACAGCUGACCAACUCAAUCCAUAGCCUCAAAACAGAGCAGGAUGAACUAACUGGCAACAUACAUUCACUCAGAGAGCAACAAAGAGAAGUUACCCUGUCAGUCCAAACACAGACUGAAGAGAAGCAGCAGCUAACUCGCACAGUUUGGACACUAAAGGAGCAGAAAGAUUGCAUCUCUCAGGCUCUGAUUGACCUUAAACAAGAGAAAGAGCAGUUAAGCAGGGUUGUCUGCAGGCUAAAGGAUGAGAGAGAUCAGUUUAUAAAGUCCAUGAGUGGCCUAAAAGAAGAAAAUGAGCAGCUAACUAAGUCUUUAUCUGCUCUUCAAAGAGAUGAAAAGGCUAUAAUAGAAUCUCUCUCAAGUGGUAAAGACGAGAGAGAUCUGAUCAUACAGUCGCUGCAAGGUUUACAGACAGAGAGCGACCAGUUAAGCCAGACAGUGCUUCAUAUGAAACAACAGAGAGACAAACUAACCAAUUCCCUGAAGUGUCUGACAGAACAGAUAGACCAGGAGCAAUUAGCUUCUACGUCAAAAGAAGAACAUGACCGUUUGAUAAAGACAAUUUACAGUUUGAAGGAAGAAAAAGGGAAACUCGAGCAUUCAAUUAGAAGCCUGAAUCAGGAGGAAAAACAGAUAAUGCAGAUAGUUCUGGGUUUGAGAGAGGAAAGAAAUAGUCUUCAAGUUGUGCCCAUCCAAACAAACACAGAAGACCGGAAUCAACAGCACCAGCUGUUAAAUAAAGUCAUUGGUGGUAAGACGAAGAAGAUUCUUGCUGAGACAGGAGAUGCUGCACCCAGAUGUGAGACCGACAACCACAGAGAAACGUUCUUUCAGCAAAGUGAACCAAUGAGGAAGAUUGAAGCUUUGGCAGCAGAAUUAAAGAAGUCACAAGAGGAACUGGACAAGAGUCAUGUAGAGAGCAAGAGGUUGCAGAGUGAACUGUCUCAGUCUGAAGCAAGACGAGAGGAAGCUGAAAAAAAAGCAGCUGAGCAGGUGAUGAGACUGACAGAUACAGCCAAUCAGAUGGAAGAUGUCAAGAAGGAAAAUGAGAGCCUCACAACUUGGGUGAAGGAGCUGCAGAAUAAACUGACUGGUCUGCUCAGGGAGAAGUCUGAUGCUCUGUCUCUGAAGGCACAAAUAGAGGAGCAAUACAACAUCCUCAAUGCUCAGCUCAAAGCAAAAACUGUCGCUCUAGAGGAGCUGAACUCAGAGUAUAUAGCUCUGAAACGAGGACAGGGCUGCAGGGAUGAUCUCGGUACUGUUCUUGUCUCACUCAGAGCACGCUACAAUGACAUCAGAGCUAAGUAUGAUGCACUCCUUAAAAGGAAAAGCCAGGCAGAUCUAGAUGUUGCUCCUUUAAAGGCCAAGCUGUCUUGUCUGGUGGUGAAGUGUCAGGAGAGGAACAUCUUGUUAGCUCAGAUGUUGAAGUCCAUGCACAGACAAGGCUGUAUGGAUCUCAAGCUCACACAGCAGGUUGAACAUCUGCUUGGUGAUGCAGCUCUGCAGGACUACGCUGCAGCAUUCACACCAGGCAGCAACAUACAGACCCAAGAUUGCUUUCAUCAGUUUACACAAGAAUUUAUUUCAAGACUUCAAGACUACACCAGCCGAUCCAUACCUGAUCAAACCUGUCCAGUUUACGCAACCUCGGUGAGCAAGAAUCAAAAUGGAAUCUCACCCGAAUCUGGAGAUCAGCAUGGUCAAAGUGAAAAAAACCCUUCAAUAUUCCCUGGUAAAAGUUCAACAAAUCUGAAAGACUCCAAUGGAUUCCCACUUGUAGAUGCAGGAACACUAAAGAAAACCUCACCUGUGCAAGAUCAUGCAAGCGUCCUGGUGUCACCUGUGGUUCCAACGAAAGUGAGCAUGAUCACCAAUACUUCACAGUUGUCUACUCCCAGUGGACCAGCCCAAUCAACUGGUCGACCAGAGAAAUUUGGAAGUCAUCAUUUGGAAAUGAAAGAGAAGUCCUCCUUAGACCCAACCGGUGUGAGUGAAUCCUUAGAGAGUUCUAUUUCUUCCUCCUCCAGCACCAGAGUCAGUCUGAACAGGAGGCUGAGUAGUCCCGAAAAGGUUCUCAACCUACAUGAGCAACUGCAGAAGACCUUGAUGAGCAGCUUUCAGGCAGCAGAUAGCAGAGGAAGAGGACAACAGCCUAGAAGAUGUCUGUCACUUUCUGUUCCUGCAGACCUGAAGUCACCCAAAGCAAAGAAGCAGAAUCUCGGUCUCAGUUUUACACACACCCAUCCUCUCCCAGCUGCUUCAAGCCCAACUAAAGAUAUUCCAGUUGUAACAACCAAGCCUGCCACCUCUAAUAAGUCAGCAACACUUUUUAAUGCAGUUGCAUGUAGAUCUGCGAAUGCAGCAUUGAGCCGUAGCAUGUUUACAAACCAGAGCCCUAAAGCAGAUGUAUUUAAAACAUCUGCUCUGUCCAGCUCAUUUAUCUUUCCCCCUUCUGCAACUGUGGAACACAGAAAAGACAAAUCCAUCUCAAGUUGUGGCACUAAUACUUUAAUACCGUCAAACCAGACAAAGAAAAUCAGUACUGUAACUGAUAUAGCUGAGGCUACAGCUACAGCUCCUGUAAUUUUGAACUCCAAGGUCUCCAGUCCAAACAGCACUCCCUUGGCUUUGACUGUCUCUAAUAUACCAACUGCCCCCAAGUUUAAUAUUUGUAACAUGGCCUCUAAAACACAUGGUGCUGACCCCACAAGUGAUACCUUUACAUUCAUUACUUCCUGUCAGUCUGCUCAAUCCUCUCCAACAAGAAGAUCCAACAUGUCAAUCAAAGAGUUGACUGCAUCUUUUGAAAAGAGUCCAAGACCCCAAACAGAAGCUCCAGCUGAGGUUCGCUCUGUUGAUGUCAUCAAAACAGUUGGCCAGAGCAGCCUGCUGAUUGGCUGGGAGAGGCCACUGCUUGAUGAGCUGGGCUGCAGUAAUGGCACUUUUGUGUAUGGAUACAGGGUGUUGGUAGAUGGGGAUUUCCACAAAUCUGUCAUGAGCUCAGCAUGCACCAAGUGUAUUCUAGAGAACCUUGAUCUGAGUGUCCCAGUCCACAUCAGUGUCCAAACUCUAGGCUCCAAUGGUCUCCGCUCAAACAGUGUCCACACCGUGUACAGGAAAACAGACACUGACAGUCUCUGAUUACAACAACCCACAGUUAGGUUACAUCAGCAGAAAUACAGCGACGUCUCAGUGAAAGCCUUCCAAGGGCUAAGCUUUAAAUACCAUCUAUAUCUGCCACCCCCUGUGGAAGCGUCCUAACCUCCACCUCAGCUGAGACACGCAGUCACACUGCUGGAAGAACCACACCAUGUGAGGCUCAGGUCAGCCAAUCAGGAAAACUCAUUUCACAUGGAUAUCACCUGCCUAUGAACAUGCAACGACCUGCGAUAGCCACUCAGCCUCCAAACAAUUAACUGAAGAUGUCAAACAAAUUACUUGUUAAGAUUUCUGCCUCUGCACUCAAAGUAGGUCUUUAUGUACAAACAGCCUUUUCCAUGAUGGAAGAACUUCCUAUCUCACUUUACUGAAUGAGGAAGAAGUUUUAAACUCCAGGUGAAGGACUUGCGAGACUGCCAAUCAAACAAAUCCUGAAAGGUUUGAAGAGGAUUUCUUGAUGAUUUCAAGAUGAGUCACAUUUAAAACCCAACAUUUCCUGACAAUAUUCAAGCAAGACAUGAAAAUGUUGGAGUGAUGUCUGCAUCUACUGCAACUUUCUACGCUGUGUUAAACACCUGGGAGAUCGUGUGUCAUAAUACUUCAUCAAAGAGCACACCGCCGCCUCUCUGGAGUCUACGAUGUGCAAAACAUGAAAUCCUUUCUGAUAGCAACACAUGCUGAAGGUCAUUAUACUUGAUUUUUACACGUGAAGCCAAAUAUGUGAAAAGAUGAUUCACUCCAAAGACUUGUUUUUCCCUCUUCUCAUAAACACAGAAGCCAGAUGUUAAGUUGUAAAACUUGCACACAAUCAUUAAUAGUAUUAAUACAGAAAAAAGAUUUAAAAUGAGAUUAUCAGAUAUUUUUUGUAGAGAAUAUUAUGAAAGAUGCCAGUUUACCACACACUGUUAGUCUGUAAGUGACACUUUGAUUUUCAUACCUAAUUGAUAUCUGGUUUGCACGCAUUCUUUUUAUUUUUUUUAUUUUCUAAAUAUUCAGAACACAUCCUAUGUUUUCACUCUAUGUACAGGUGUGGCGUGAUCAUGGUGCAGAAAAGGUAUUUUUUUAUCAGUAAUUGAAAUUAUUGAUUUCCCACUGUUUAACUGUACAGAGAAUAAAUGUUUAUAUAAUAAUAAAUAUGAA